AUGCUACUCAAUACGGCUCUUACAUCUUUAGCUUUGGCUUCAAUGGUUUAUGCUGCAGAUGAUAACACUGAUGAUUAUAAAGUUGUUGGAAGUUUAAUCUUUGGUCGUCAUAAUGAUAGACCUGCUAAACCUGCAAAUUAUUUAACUCCAAUUGGUGCUGAACAUCAAUUUCAAAUUGGUCAAUUCUAUCGUGAACGUUAUUUUGGGUUAGAUUCUUCAAAUUCUAAAAUUGAUGAUGAUUCAAAUGUUAUUCAAAGUUUAAAUAAAGAUGGAUUUUUCAUUAAUGGUCAAAUCUUUGCUGAAGCUUCAUCUGGUAAUGUUAUUCUUUUCAGUCAUUAUGCCUUUUUACAAGGUUUAUAUCCACCUCAAGAUGUUUCUGGGACUUCUACUGCUAAUCAAACACUCGCAGCUUUAUCAAAUGGUACAAUUGUUGAGAAUCCGUUAAGUGGAUAUCAAUAUGUUAAAUCCACUAUUCAAGAAAAUGCCACCGAAGAAUAUAUUUGGACUAAAGGUGAUGAAAAUUGUCCUGCUGUGACUAAAUCUUUAAAAGAUGUUAAAUCAAGUGAUUUAUUUCAAAAAUAUACUAAUGAAUCAAAUGAUUUCUUUCAAUCAUUAAAAGAUAUUGAAUUUAUUAAUGAAACUUUCAAUCAAUCUGAAUUAAAUUUUAAAAAUGCAAUGAAUAUUUUCGAUGAAGUUUGGGUUAAUACAAUUCAUAAUGAAACUGUCUCUAAACAAUUCAAUGAAUCAUUAAUUGAUUCAAUUCAAUUCUGGUCUGAUCGUUAUCAAUGGGUAUUAAGUGAUAAUAAUUUAAACAGUAAUUUAACUAUUGGUGCUAAAACAUUAAUGGGUAGAGUUAUGUCAAAAUUAGAUACAACAAGAAAACAAGGUAAACCUUAUUUAAAUUAUCUAACUGGUUCUUUUAAUACAAUGUAUCAAUUAGCAAGUGUUAUUAAUUUAGAUAUUGCAGAUUCAAAAUUUAAAACAAUGCCAGAUUAUGGUGCAACUUAUGUUUUUGAAUUAUUAAACAAUACUCAAAAUGAUGAAACUUUUGUUAGAUUUUCAUUUAAAAAUGGUACACAAGAAUUAAAUACUUAUCCAAUUUUCAAUUCAACAAAUAAUAUGAUGAAAUGGGAUGAUUUCACUUCAAAUGUUGGAAAAAUUGCAAUUAAAGAUGUAUCAUCAUGGUGUAAUGUAUGUGGAUAUAAUGAUAUUUCAUCUGAUAAUGUUAUGGAAAUGUGUGUACCAUAUACCAAUUUAUAUGAACAAGCAACUAAAUUAAAUGAUGAAGGUGUUGAUUUAAAUUCAUAUAAGAAGAAUAAAUUAAGUUUAGCUGAUGCUGGUGGUAUUGGCGCUGGUGUUACAAUUGGUGUUUUCGCUUUAAUUGGUGUUUUAGGAUUUUUAUUAUAUAAGUUACGUGGAGGAAAAUCUACACAAUCAUCCAAUAUUCAACCAACACAUACAAAUUCAGCAAAUUCAGGUACUGUUGCUGGUAGUGAUAGUGAUUUAGAAAAAGGUUCAAAUGUUUCAACUAAUUAA